GCGCUAGUUUGCCUCAGUCAUUCGUAGACUCUCUGCACGUGCGUUUGGGAUAGCUAUAGCUCCUCAUCGGGAAUCGGGAAUUGGAGACUUGCCACGUUUGUGCGCCCAAAAAACAUCCAUCGAUCGAAGAAGUAAACACUGGGCCGUCUGGACUCGUUUAUUUUCGGUGCUGGAUAUUUAUUUUCGAAACAGGCCCCUCUAGGCAGGUGCUUAAGAGUGCAAGAUACAAAAGUAUAUGCGCAUCCGAGAGAUACAAAGCACAGUUUAUGUAUCUGCCUCACCUAGGAAACAAUCCAUAUACCCAUCCUAGGCUGUUCAUCCUACUGGAACACAAUUAAUUAGCUCGAAAAAACGUUUUGCAGUGCGAGAAAGCGGAACAUCGUUGUAAAUGCAAAUGCAAUUGCUAGUGUUUAAAUUCCAUUGAAGUGCCCAUUCUGUACAAACCAAUUUGUUGUGACUGUGCAAAAGUACUUUUGGGGAAUUUUAAGUGGGUCUUGCGACUCGUAUUGGAAUUCACCCGAAUCUCAAGUACUUACAGUUCAUCCGCAGCGCUGAUAAUAAAAUAAUUACUUGUAUGCCCAACCACAAGUGAGCUUCGUUUUCGUUUUCCGAUUUCGAAUUUCGCUGGCGAGGGUAAAUAUUUACCAAUGUGUACAAGUGUUUAAAGUGAAAAGUGCAUAAAUUACUGGCAAUUCAACACACACACACAUCUGCAGGAGCAGAACAAAUUUAUUAAUUACCUUCCAGUUGGAUAUUAAUUUUUUGAGUUUCGAUAACUUUAAGCGCUGGGAGAGUGCCACUUUAACCGCCAGUAACGGAUGUCCUGAUUUCGAAGCUUUGCCCAAAUACCGACGAAGGGAUACCUACAUACACAAUUAGCCACAGUGGAUGGGUCGACGGAGUACGCUUGGAAAAGUUUUGUCCCGCACACGGAAACCGCAUAAGCUUUCCUAGGCGAAAUCUUCCCGGGGCGAGGACCCCAAAAAACAACCGGCAAACAAACACAGGCCCAGAUGUCGGACACAAUCUCCUUCGAGUUGGGCUCGGCCGCCGACCGGCCACCCAACAGGUUCCAAGUAAACCCGGUCAACGGCAACAGUCGCAAGUCACAGGGUUCAGAUGGCCCUGGUUCAGGAUCGGGAGCAGGAGCAGGAGGAGGAGGAGGAGGACUUGGAGAGGAUGGGCCGCACGAGGUCUACCGGCGCCUUACAAACGCCGAGGGCGAACUUCUCGAGGACGACACAUUCGAUGCGACACAAAUGCUCAACCAACACCAGCCCAGGACACAGAGGCAAUCCAUCAAAAGCAGUUUCCGAGACAAGGAUAAACCGUCGAGGUUCAAGGACCUGCAGACGACAACCCGCUUCCAGGUGGACCCCCAAAAUGAGGAGUCCGAUGAGUCGAACGAUUCGCAGGAGGAACGCGAGCUGCUAGACAACGAAUACGACACAAAAUAUGGUAAAAGUUUCCGGCACUUCACGCGGGAGGCGCUACCCCGUCUGGACAAUUACCGCAACAUGAUGUCCAUCCAGGCGGCCUACCGUCCAACGCUCGACGAGCUGCACAAUGCCACGCUGACGGGCAAGAACACGCACAGCUUGACGCGUAAUCAGGACCCGGAGUCGGGCAUCAUGAAUGGGGUCCUGAAAUUCGGCUGGAUCAAAGGUGUGCUCGUCCGCUGCCUGCUGAACAUCUGGGGCGUGAUGCUCUUCCUGCGCCUCAGCUGGGUGGUGGGUCAGGCGGGCAUCAUCGAGGGAUUCGUAUUAAUACUGACAACGACUGCUGUCACGACCAUCACGGCCUUGUCGAUGUCGGCGAUAAGCACUAAUGGUGUCAUCAAAGGAGGUGGCACCUACUACAUGAUAUCCCGGUCCCUGGGGCCCGAGUUCGGUGGCUCCAUCGGUCUGAUUUUCUCGCUGGCUAAUGCGGUUGCGUGUGCCAUGUAUGUGGUCGGCUUCUGCGAAUCCAUGCUGGCCAUGAUGACGACCUUUGAAUGGAAAAUCGUCGACGGCGGUGUUCAGGACGUACGCAUCAUAGGUUGUAUCACCAUCCUGCUGCUUCUGAUCAUUGUGGUGGUCGGAAUGGAAUGGGAGGCCAAGGCUCAAAUCGGACUACUCAUCAUCCUGUUGGUGGCCAUCGCCGACUUUGUCAUUGGUAGCUUCAUCGGACCUAAAAGCGAUUUGGAACUGGCUAAGGGAUUUUUGGGCUACAAUGCAACUGUGUUUAAAAAUAAUCUUUUUGCCGACUAUCGUCCGGAGAAGGGAGGCAUUCAGCACGAUUUUUUCUCAGUGUUUGCCAUUUUCUUCCCUGCGGCUACAGGCAUUUUGGCUGGUGCAAAUAUCUCCGGAGAUCUGAAGGAUCCCCAAAAAUCCAUUCCCAAGGGAACGAUUUUGGCCAUUGUCAUCACCACCGGAACUUAUUUAAUCAUGGUCCUGCAGUGCGGAGCUACAGUAGCUCGCGAUGCUACGGGCAAUUUGACAGAUGUGGUGAAUGGCUCUUUCGCCUUCCUCGACUGCCAGCCUGGCGAGUGCGGCUUUGGUCUGCAGAACUCAUUUCAGGUGAUUGAGUUGGUUUCUGGCUUCGGUCCUCUGAUUUACGCAGGCUGCUAUGCUGCCACACUGUCAUCUGCAUUGGCCAGUUUGGUUUCCGCACCAAAGGUUUUCCAGGCCCUGUGCAAGGAUGAACUGUAUCCGAAGAUUGUUUGGUUUGCCAAGGGCUAUGGAAAGAACAAUGAACCCGUUCGUGGCUAUGUACUAACUUUCAUCAUUGCCUCUGCCUUCAUUUUGAUCGGAGAACUGAACCUGAUUGCCCCGCUCAUAUCGAACUUUUUCCUGGCCGCCUACAUGUUGAUCAACUUCAGUACCUUCCAUGCCAGUCUGGCCAAGCCAGUGGGCUGGCGACCAACCUUUAAGUAUUUCAACAUGUGGCUGAGCCUGCUGGGCGCCAUCCUCUGUGUGGCCGUCAUGUUCCUCAUCUCCUGGGCCACUGCACUCAUCACCUUUGUCGCCGUGCUGGCUCUGUACUUAAUCGUGGCCUAUCGGAAACCGGAUGUCAACUGGGGCUCCACCACACAGGCUCAGACGUACAAAAAUGCCCUGAUGUCGGUGCAGCAGCUGAACAACGUGGAGGAGCACGUGAAGAACUAUAGGCCGCAGAUCCUGGUACUUUCCGGCCUUCCCAACACCCGACCAGUCCUCGUCGACCUGGCUUAUAUGCUAACGAAGAACUUAUCGCUGCUCGUUUGUGGCCAUGUGCUGCGGGGUUCCAGUUCCCAGAAAUACCGGACCAAUCUGCAGGAGAGAGCGUCCAACUGGUUCCGCAAGCAUCGCGUUAAGGGUUUCUAUGCCUUGGUGGAUGGCGAGGACUUCGAAUCGGGCACGAGGGCCUUAAUGCAGGCCACGGGCAUUGGAAAACUGAAGCCAAACAUUAUCCUGAUGGGCUACAAGACUGACUGGCAGACGUGCGAUCGCAAGGAGUUGGUGCAGUACUUCAACGUGAUGCACAAGGCACUGGACAUGUACCUCUCGGUGGCCAUUCUACGGGCACCGCAGGGUCUGGAUUGCUCGCUUUUACUGGGCUCCGAAGAUGGUUGGAAACCCUCCUCCGAGGUGCCACGCACCCUGCAGCCAAACGAGAGUUCCGGCGACUUGCAGGCGGUGGACAGUAAUGCUCGGAAUGCUUUGGGAGGCAGCAUUGACUCGCUCAGCAGAAAUGUGUCGCAAGAGGACCGAAACCGCAACCAGUUGGUCCACAGCGAGCAGAACAGCCUGAAGAUAGUCAAAAUGCGCUUCAAGCAGAGCCUGCGGAGAAUUCGCUCCUGGCCAGGUGCAGCCUCCAGUACGAGUGACCUGUCAUUUAUUGCGGGCAAUCAGGCGAAGGAUGUGUCCGGCAUGCCCGAUCCCUUGGAUGCAAAGACAGCCAAUCUUGUGAACAAUUCGCUGCGCAAAUCGAAGCUGAAGCACGAUGACCCCGCAUCUCUGUACAAGGGUCCUGGGGGCACCGAGCUGCCCAAAGAGGUCCUGUCGGACCUCACUCUGUUCACCAGGAAGCGCAGCCAUGCCGUUAUCGAUGUCUGGUGGCUCUACGACGACGGUGGACUCACCCUCCUGCUGCCCUACAUCAUCAGUACCCGGCGCACCUGGCAGACGUGCAAAUUGAGGGUUUAUGCUCUGGCUAACAAAAAGGCGGAGUUGGAGUUCGAGCAGCGCUCCAUGGCCAGUUUGCUAUCCAAGUUCCGGAUUGACUACUCAGACCUGACGCUGAUUCCGGACAUAACAAAAAAGCCAUUGGAGACAUCUACGCAAUUCUUUAACGAGCUGAUUAAGGACUUUGUGGUGACCGAAAAAGAGGGCGAGAAUGGAAACAGCAGCAGAGCGACCUUGAAUGAGGAUGAGGCCCUCAUAACCGACGACGAUCUGCUGGCGGUGCAGGACAAGACGAAUCGAUACCUUCGGCUGCGGGAGUACCUGCGGGAGCAGUCGACCAAGUCGGAUCUGGUGGUAAUGACGCUGCCAAUGCCCCGGAAGAACAUCGUAUCUGCGCCGCUCUAUAUGGCCUGGCUGGAGAGUCUCAGUCGGGACAUGCCGCCAUUCCUGUUCGUGCGCGGCAACCAGACGAGCGUGCUGACCUUCUACUCGUAGGAUCGGCAGUCCGGAUGGGAUCUAUUGUAUUCUACUUACACCUACCGACACACACACUCACCGUUAUUGUUUAGGCGAACGAGUAUUUUAUCUCUUAGAAGUACCACCCAUGUACAUAAAUUUAGGGACACCCCACGAAACGCACAGAGGCACUGGCACCGACGUGGAGAUCGGGAAUUAUCUGAUGGCCCACUGCAGCUCUAUCAUAUGGUUACCCAAUCCAUCGCCGCGUCGUCAAUAUAAACACUUGUCCUAGCUAUCGAGUUUAAAUCGUAUUUAAAUACAGUGCAAAUAAUUUUUAAA